AUGGGCAAAUAUUAUUUUCACGUCAUUUAAAACGCUUACUAAGGCAGAUGGGUUUGUUUAGAAGGAGACAUUACAGCGACAUUGCAGACGUUGUGGAAUUUGUGCAUACCCAAAUACAGACCUCAGGGGCAUUGCAUGUGUCGGUCACAACUUGCGAUGCAAGAAAGAAGAAAUAAGGUUAAUCUUCGGUGUUUUAGACCCGGUAGGUACAGAGCAACGAAGAAAAAGAAGGCUGAUGAGGUGAGUGUACUCAUCAAAGGGCUCAAAUUGUCUAUGGCAUUUGGAUAGUUAUGACAAACUGAAGAGAUACGGGAUAUGGAAUGCAUUGUGCAUUUGAUGGAUUUUCUUGCAAAAUUAUAUGGAUGAAUGCGUACCACCCUUCUUCCGAUCCAAGGCUGAUUGGAGAAUAUUUCAUAGAAGCAGUAAAAUCUUUAGGUGGCUGUCCACGAAUCACACGGAGCGAUAUGGCACUAAAAAUACACAUGUACCGUACGUGAUAUACAGAUUUUUUAGAAAGGUUGAUAAUGACCCAAUGGCAGGGGAUUUAAGUCACUUGUCCGGAGCAAGCACUGCUAAUCAGCGGAUUGAAUACUUGUUGUCGUUUUUGAGGAGGCACUGUACAGAAUAUUGGAUUUUCUUUUUCCGGGAUAUGCUUGAUGAAGGAUACUUCCUUGGUGGUUUCCUGGAUGUCAACCUGAUACAUUUCUGCUAUAUGCAUCUUAUUCAGGACGGUCUAGAUGACAUGGUCAGCACAUUGAAUCAUCACCUGAUACGAUCAUCAAGAAAUAGUCGUUCAUCCUUUGGCCGUCCAAAUAUUAUAUAUUACAUGCCUGAAAUGUAUGGCACAUUGGACUAUAUAUGCCAAGUUUCUAAUGAACAAGUUGGAUUGUGUCAGCAAGAGUGUACAUUCAGAAAAGCUAACCCCUGUGACAAAGACGUGUAUACAUGUGCUGUGUAUUGAUGAAUGAAUGUGAUGUGAUCCAGCAUCUGCUAAAACAUUGUAUAUUGAACUAAGACAACAAAUAAGCCAUGCAAUGAACAUUUAACUUUUAAUAAAAUUGUUAUUCUUCUAGCAUUAAAACAAAGAAACAUAAAGGAAAAUCUCCCAACACUUGAAAUACUUGAAGCCAAGACCAGAGAAAUAAACUCACGACGCAAUUCGUCAAUCUUUGUUUUUGAACAAACUUAAUAUUUUUUUUAAAGUUUUAUCUUACAAAUAAUAAAUCAAUGACCAAAUAUUUUAGAGCAGUAAAAAAAAUCUCGUUAACCAUUACAUAAUAUUAUGGAAACAGAACCUGCAUAAUUCUUUGAAAGCGCAACUUUCGUGUGCUUAUAAAACCUCGUUUAAUAUUUAGCCAGGAAGGGUAUAGUUACGUUUUGUUGUGUUAAAAAAAAAACUCCAUAUUCUAUGGUGUAUGAACCAAUGUUUAUUUUAUUUUUUUAUUUUUUUUAUUUAUUUAUUUUAUUUUUUUGGUAUUAUUCUGAAAUGAUCAAAUACAUUGAAUUGAAGUGUACCUUUCAAAAAUUUAUUCCUAACUAGAUGGUGAUGAUCGAUCAGAAUAUCUAAAAAAGAAACAAAAGUGUAAACAGUUUAAUAAAGAAUUAACAAAGAAUUUUGAACGUUUAAAAUACUGAUUUGAGUCUCGGCAAA